AUGGAUUUGCGCACGAUCAUGAAUAGCGACGCCGGCGGCGCCUCCAACCCCCCGCCUGCCACACAAUCCUCUGGCCCUCCAUCUGAUGCAUCUCAUCAAUCGCGCGCCCAACCACCCUCCUAUCCUGACUAUGCAGCGCGCCCACAGCCUCCGCUGUUGCACACAUCGCCGAGCCAGUCGUCACCCUAUGGCCCAACCCAGUCGCCAUACCAGCAGUUCAGCGCCCCAAAACUGAACACCGCAGUGCAGUCCCAGCGAAGCCAGAGCCCCCCACAUGUAUCCGCUCCAUAUGGGCCAGGUGCGCGAGAUCCCUAUGGCGCCGCAUACCCGAAUCCGCAACACCCCGCCGGCCCGUUGGCGUCGCCGUAUACGCCGCAGCCCAUGAGCGCAGGGCCACAGUAUCCAGAGCAGUCAUCACAAUUUGCCCAGCAACGAUCGCACUCGCUUCAGUCCGUCAUGACCAAUCCGCAUGCCCCGAACGAAAGCUUCCGUCCUCAAGACAGCCCUCCGUCUGCAUCGCAACCUCUGCCAUCACAACAGUUUUCGCCUUCUGCGCACCGCUCUGUCCCUGACACUCCUCUCGGUCCUCCUCCUGCCUUUUCCACCCACCAAUCCCCAUUGUCGACGCGACCUCAGUCCUCUGGUCGUGAUUCCCCGCGCAACCCGUUAUCCAGCCCACGACCCGCGGUAGAUAUCCAAUCCCGGGAACCAGGCCCAACGCAGUCCCCAGUGACCCAGCGGCAGUUCUCUCCGCGCGGCUCCCGGCCACCCGAGCUACCCUCCCAUCCUCAUCCGGCGAACCUCAAACCGGAGCCCCGAGAGAGUGCCAGUCCCAAAACCGUCUCCCGCCAGAAUAGCGCUGCUGCGACCUCUGAAGAUCGAAGGUGGAAUGAGAGUCCCACAAGUUCUUUGCAUCCCGGGGCGGGGUCAGAUGUGCGCGCGUCACCCAGUGCUCUAGGCCACACCCCGAUCAAUAGUUCUCCUUCAGGCCCAGGGGUGGGUGCCCACCCCCUGAAGAUGGAGGUGGACCACGAGCAAGAACCUCGUCCCGAGAUCCAGCCGCCCAGGCCCAAGAGAAGAAGAUAUGAUGAGCCUCCAGUUUAUGCCCAGAGGUCGGUCCGUACCAAAGGCAAAUGUCCUGUCAUUCCGAAAUGUCAGCCACCGAUCCCAAAGCAUGCGAGGAAAGCAUAUCAUGAUUCCUGGGCCACUCGCAGACAAUCAUCACCAGGGGCUGGAUCUGCCGUGCCUGCUCCAACGCGAGCUAUUCCUGGUCCCGCUGCACAAUCACCGACUACAAAUGGACCAUCGUCACAGCCUCCCUCAUUGAACCCCCCGCCGUUGAACCCUCCGAAAGUGGGUUCCCUGGGGCGUUGGGAGCCAUCAAUUUCUGGAUAUAUUCCAUACGAAGAGGUUACCAAGUUGCUCUGUGAUUUCCUCUUCCAGCAUGUAGUCAUGAGAAACGAUGUGGCGGCCGGGCCCGCUGGCUCUGCCGCCGCAGGACAAGGGGCAAUCAUUGAGGUAGAGGCAAAACUAGGUCAUGUCAUGGACAUGGAUCGAGGAGAUAGGCUUCGCCUGCCGGUUCUGACGGAGACUGCCAUAAACCGGGAGAACUCACGGUUUCGGACAUCGUUUGAGAGUAGCAUGACCAUCGAGCAACACCGCGCCAUGAAUAACUUCUUGAACGAGACGGUGAAAGCAUCUCUACCGCAGAGUGGCCCGAAUCGCAUUCCCCUCUCGUAUGCCCACAAGAAGGAGCGUGACACAUUCUAUGAGGUCUCGCCGGCUGAGCUGCCCCCGGUCAUCCGCCAAAACUUGAACCCACGGCACAAGCCCAAGGUUCGUGUGACAACCGACCAACGCACGGGUGAGGUCCUUGCCAAGAUCAUCAAGUGCCGCGUCGCCGAUAUCGAUGUGAGCAGCCCGCGCACCACGGUAGAUUGGCGCGUGAGUGUCAAUCUCGAAAUGGAAUACCCGGGUGAUGUACAUCACCUUCCCGUGGUCGAUGCAAGCAAGGGUGGUCGAGGCGAGCGCAAUAAGGAUCGUAUGAGCUAUCGGCAUCUGGCAUAUCAGAUCGAUUUGACUCAGGUAGCCAGAGCGGAGCCUCCAACGAAGAAUGAUUUCGAACACGAACUCGAAAUCGAAGUCUCUGGCGCCGAAAUCCGCCGCCAGGGUCAGCUUGCUAUCUCGGGCGAUCCGACCAACCAGUACGAAGACCUCAUCAAGGGUUUUGUGGAUAAUAUCCGCAUUCUGGCUCGGGCUGUGCCCCCGUGA